AUGGUAUAUACGAGUGUAAUUUUCCACAUGGUCACGAUGAUACUCCUGUAUCUGAGUAGUACUGGUUAUUCACUCACUCCAAUUGUGGAAGAUAUCUUUUUGGAAAAGCCUGGAGGUGACGUGUUGCAAAUUAACGAAUUCACGAAAAAAUCUGUGUUAAGGGAAUUACCAAUACUAGAUGGAAACGUGAUCAAAACGAAUGUACCAGCAGACGCUAAGCUGGACUUCAACGGUCUCGCCGCGAAAUACGGGCACCCGUGCGAGGAACAUUACGUCGAGUCAGAGGACGGUUACGUCACCAAACUAUUUCAUUUACCGGGAGACAGGAAACGACCGGUACUCAUGAUGCACGGCCUCUUCGAUUCUGCCGAUACUUUUAUCAUCAGAGGCAACAGAUCAAUGGCCAUAUCCCUCGCGAACGCUGGCUACGACGUGUGGCUGGGAAACAUGAGAGGAAACAAACAUUCCCGGAGACACGUUACUCUGAAUCCCGACAAAGAUCCUGAAUUUUGGAACUUCAGUUACCACGAAAUGGCUUUGUACGAUCUACCUGCGACUAUCGACUACAUCCUGGGUCACACUGGCCAGACACGGAUCUAUGGUAUCGGUCAUUCUCAGGGCAACAAUAUUUUCAUCGCGAUGACGGCAAUGUUGCCACAAUAUAACAAAAAGAUCAGGGUUUUUAUUUCGUUAGCACCGGCAGUCCACAUUGAAAAUAUUAAAUUGCCGACGAAAAUACUAGUUCUGCUGUCUCCUCUUAUAAACUACCUAUUCGAAGGGAUCGGCAAUGAAGAAAUUUUACCCGAUGGGGCAAUUCUCCAGAGGCUACUGCAAAAAGUCUGUCCCUUAGGGUUGCCAGGAUAUGUUUUAUGCGUUCAGUUGAUUUUAUUUCAACUAGCCGGUUACAAUACGGCAGAACUGGAGCAAGAAUUCUUCCCGAUUGUACUCGGUCAUAGCCCCAGUGGAACUUCAAGGAAAAACCUUAUUCAUUUGGCGCAGUCGGGGAAAUACAAGCGUUUUGCCUAUUACGAUGCCGGCGCCGAAGAAAAUAUCCGAUUAUAUGGAAGAAAGGAACCUCCUUUGUACGAUCUCAGCGUGGUCACCAUGAAAGUGGCUAUUUUUGCUGGAAACAACGACAAAUUGGUCGUUCUCAAGGAUACUGCAAGACUGCGAGACGAGUUGACAAAUGUUGUCGAGUACAGGGUAUUGGAACCGAGAAAAUGGAAUCACUUGGACUUCGUAUGGGGGAGGAAUGCCAACAAGUUUUUGUUUCCAUAUAUUUUUAAAUUGCUGCAGAAAUAUUAG